CGACUCCCCGACUCCGCUUCGCCCAAACGCCGUUGAGGCGUCGAUAGGUUUCCAUCUCAUCCGCGAACGAAGCAAGCGACCGUCAAGAGAAUACAAGGAUGGGCGGCGGCGGGGGGAAGAGGGAGAAGGCGGAAGGGUGUGACGUGGACGAGCAGGAAACACGGGAUAAGAAGAAGAAGGGGACGACUCUUCCCUCGAUGAUCAAGAACAAGGAGAAGAGGAGUGCCGUCCAUGCCAAGCUCAAGCGCGAGAAGAAGAUCGAGAAGCGGAAGCAGGCCAAGGCACGAGAGGCCGCCAUCAAGCGAGCCCUCGACCUCGGCGAGGAGCCUCCGGAGAAGAAGGUGCCGCGGACGAUCGAGAACACCAGGGAGGUCGAUGAGACGGUCUGUCGACCUGAUGAUGAAGAGUUAUUUGCAGGGAAUGAUGCCGAUGAAUUUAGCCAAGUCCUGAAACAAGAAGUGACGCCAAAGAUAUUAAUCACCACAAAUCGUUUCAAUUCCACAAGAGGUCCUGCCUUCAUUCAAGAGUUAUUGUCUGUGAUUCCAAAUGCUCAUUACCAUAAGAGAGGAACCUAUGAACUGAAGAAGAUUGUUGAAUAUGCAAAGAACAAAGACUUCACUUCAGUUGUAGUGGUCCAUUCAAAUCGAAGGGAACCAGAUGCUCUGUUGAUCAUAAACUUGCCUGAUGGACCUACGGCACAUUUCAAACUAUCUAAAUUAGUCUUGCGGAAGGAUAUUAAGAAUCAUGGAAAUCCUACAGACCAUAAGCCGGAGUUAGUACUGAACAACUUCACCACACGUCUUGGUCAUCGUGUUGGAAGGAUGAUACAAUCACUAUUCCCUCAAGACCCCAACUUUCGUGGUCGUCGAGUUGUAACAUUCCAUAACCAGCGAGACUUCAUUUUUUUUAGACAUCACAGGUAUAUAUUUGAAUCCAAAGAGAAAAAAGAUGACUCCAAGGACAAGGCUGCCAAGAGCAAGAAUAUAACUCAAGAGAAAGUGAUUGUACGGCUUCAGGAGUGUGGCCCUCGCUUUACACUUAAAUUGAGGAACCUGCAACAUGGAACAUUUGAUUCAAAGGGUGGAGAGUAUGAGUGGGUCCACAAGCCGGAGAUGGACACGAGCCGCAGGAGGUUUUUCUUGUAAGCCAGAGAUUUUGCUUCAGAAGAAGACCUCCCAUUUUAUUAUGGGAAUUGAGCUUUUUUACUCUUCUACAAACAUGCCAAACCACAUUUGUUAUUGAUUUUAAUUGUAGUCGUUUCUUUCCCCACUGUAUGUGGAGGUUCGAUCAAGUGUGGGCAGGAUUUCUCUGCAUCAAGAAAUAAGUUAA